GGGAAAGGGGUAAGGGGUAGAAAUGGGAUUGGGCCUUAAUGUAAAUGCAAGUUGUUUUAACAUUCUUUUUUUUCGUUUUCAUUAAUACCUUUUUCUUGCCAGGGUGGAGAUGUAAUGCUCUGCACACGCAAAUGUACAUGCUGGAGGGGUUGUCCAGAUGGAACAUCAAUCGGGCCCAGCAGGCUCUGAAUAUGAGUGUCACGUCACAAACUCGGAUUUAUGAUGUUCGUCUGAUGUCCAGUGUGAACGCCCUCAGCAACAGAGUCCUGGGAAGUGCACUUCUUCAAGAGUUUACACCCCCGGGUAAACCUACCGGUAAGAUUCUCAUGGCAACAAAAGAACAGAUGCUGAACAAUAUUCUAUUAAUGCCAAACUGCCAGAUCAUGAUGGUUACACUCACUCUUUCUACUUCAAUCUUAUUUUUCCUGGUGACUACUUAUGGCAGGUGAGCUUAUUGCGGUGGAGUAUUUGCUGGCCCAGUCCAACAGAGGAGAUCUGCUGAGUGCGCCUGACGCAAUUGGCGCCAACCUGCCAGAGGGGCCGGAGGAAGUUCAGGAGGAUGAGUUUCCUGAUGAGACAAUACCUCAGGCCACUGAUAUUCUUUUCCCGUCUUCUUCUCCGGAACCUACAGCUGAAAGUGAAGGUGCAUCUCGGAGUCCUGUCAGCUCCCCAUUUGAGGACAGUGGGCCUAUCACUUCAACUCCGGAUAGUCGGUGUGAUCCCAGAGGCAUUCCCGGAUGGGAGGCAGUCGAUGCCUUGGCAGGGUACCUUGUCAGCCUCAACCGGACGAUAACUGCUCUUUCGAACCAAGAAAUAGCAGAUAUACUGAGGUUGUACUCCAGCCUGGAUGGAAUCGACAAGUCCCCAACAAAGUACUCCCUAAAAAAUAAGAAGACGACCUUGCCAGGGCCAUGGAGAGCCUCUCGGAAACGCAGUGGCUCUGCUCCAGGCCAACAAGCAGCCGAGAGAUUGUUCAUGGUUCAUGGCCAGGCUGCCCAUAGACCCGAUUACACCAGGGUCUCUGAGUGUGUUGCACUGAAGCUUUUCAAGGAGUUCAAGGAAGGCAGAAAUAGACCAAAAGACCCUAAGGGGAGGACAUUUCCAAUUCCUCAGGCUAUUGUCAUGACGUAUGGUCAUAUUAAACAAUUAAUUGAGGAUUGCCAACAAAUCCUGCAAAGCACCAACCUGGUACUGGUAACCAUAAAUAAUACAACAGUCUCUUCUUGGCUGCAGGAUCGGCAGAAGAGGGCCGACCGCGAUUCUCUGCUUCAAGGGGUGGAGCUUCCUCAGCAGGUCCACGUGGCCGAGGAAUCCCUCCUGGAGGCCCUGGACCUACCAUCUGAGCCUGUUCCACAUGGGCAUGCAGAUCUGGAGUUCGAGGAACCUGACAACCGUGAGGGUGAGGCGGUGAUUCGGCGACGCCGACGCAAAACUCAGGUUUCCAGCGAAGACGCUGGAGGAGAUGAUGCUUGGACUGUUCCUUUCCCCUCUUCAUCUGACCUAGCCUAUUGUGAGCAGCGUCAACACCCAGCUCCUGUGUCUCAAUCACAGAGCUGGUACCCAUACCAACCACCAUCAGCUCCAGCGUCUCAAUCUCGUGGCUGGUCCCCAUACCAGCUGCCUCCAACACCGGAGUCUCAGUAUCAGGCCUGGGCCUCUUACCAACGGCCUCCAGCCUCUCACUCUCAGGGCUGGUCGGGGCCCUCAUACCAGCCGCCGCCACCACCACCAGCAGCCCACUUUCAGAGCUGGUCCUCAAACCUGCCGCCACCACCACCUCCAGCAGCUCACUCUCAGGGCUCUUACCAGCUGCCACCAGUGCCCGAUUCUCCACCUCAGGACGGACCUUCUAACCAGCCAGAUCCAGCGUCUCACAAUCGCUACCGGGAAUGGAGGUUACAAAAGGCAGCCUUUGAGGAUCAGGAGCGAGCGAUGAGGGGUGAGCCCCCGAAGAAGCGUCAAAGUAAGGAAAGCUACCACUACCAAUGCAAAAUGUGUGGUAAGGCGAAAAGCAAACUUACUGGCCACACACAGCUACGGGGGAAAUGGUACUGUCCAGCAUCUGGAAAGACCAUUGAAGAGUGGAAAAGCUCCUUGUAAAAAUGUAAGCAAUGUGUACAUUUGUUUUUAAGAUAUUUCUAUUGGUGUUAAAUUGUUUGUUUUAAGUGUUAAAUCAUUUGUACAAAAAAGUUCAAACAGUUGCAAGUUCACAACAUUUGUAUAUAGUUAGUUAAAUAGUUAAAUUCUGCAACUCUAAUAAAACAACAAAAAAAACAACUCUUGUGGUGUAACAGCAACACAGCCAUCCUUUGGGUGGAAGAUUCCAGGUGCGAAUCCUGGCAAGAGUGUGCAAUUUGUUGUAUAUUAAUUCAGAAAUGAUAGUAGAGUGUCAAUAAUAAUGGAACAAUAAUAUAAUAAAUAAUACCUAAUAUAACAAUAAUAGGAAAACAAGUAAUGAUUUUUCUAACAUCUGACAGCUUAAGACUUUAAGCUGAAUUUUUCUGAUAUUUCUAUGUAUUUUCUC